AACCCGGCUCCGCCCGCCCCUGGGCCCCGCCCACGGGCCUCCGCCGCCGCCGUUCAUUGGCCCGCACCUAACACGCCUCGGCGCAGCUCCGCCCCGCCGCCCACCCGCCCUCCAGCCAGGGUGCUGCUCAGCCAUUGGACAUCAGCAACAGGGGCGGAGCCGUAUCUGAAGCCUCGAUUGGUUAGAUCUCGCGCUGUGCAUGAACGACGGGCGCCCUGGCUCCGCCUCCGGGCCGAAGUUCCGUUAACAGGCACCUGACUUUCGCCGCCCCCUCCGGCCGCUUCUUAACUUCCCGAGACGCAGGGAAAUGACGUAGUUCCCCGACAUUCCACCUCCAAGAUGGCUGCUGUCAGGAAGGAGAGACGUCGCUGAGGGUUUUGCCUGAGGCGAGGGGUUGAUGUUGGCCUGAAGAAAGAUCUUCAGAGGAUUACAACAUUCCAGAGUCCCAUUGGGGAAGAACAAGAUACUUCAAUAAAUGAAGGAGAACAAAGAAAAUUCAAGCCCUUCAGUCACGUCAGCAAACCUGGACCACACAAAACCAUGUUGGUACUGGGAUAAGAAGGACCUAGCGCAUACACCCUCACAACUUGAAGGACUCGAUCCAGCCACUGAGGCCCGGUACCGCCGAGAGGGGGCUCGCUUCAUCUUUGAUGUGGGCACACGUUUGGGGUUACACUAUGACACCCUGGCAACUGGAAUCAUUUAUUUUCACCGAUUUUAUAUGUUCCAUUCCUUCAAACAGUUCCCAAGAUACGUGACAGGAGCUUGUUGUCUUUUUCUGGCUGGGAAAGUAGAGGAAACGCCAAAAAAGUGUAAAGAUAUCAUCAAAACGGCUCGUAGUUUAUUAAAUGAUGUCCAGUUCGGCCAGUUUGGGGAUGACCCAAAGGAAGAAGUCAUGGUGCUGGAGAGGAUCUUACUGCAGACCAUAAAGUUUGACUUACAAGUAGAGCAUCCGUACCAGUUCCUGCUCAAAUAUGCAAAGCAGCUCAAAGGUGAUAAAAACAAAAUUCAGAAGUUGGUUCAAAUGGCAUGGACAUUUGUAAAUGACAGUCUCUGCACCACCCUGUCACUGCAGUGGGAACCAGAGAUCAUAGCUGUCGCAGUAAUGUAUCUUGCGGGACGUUUGUGCAAAUUUGAAAUACAAGAGUGGACCUCCAAACCCAUGUACAGGAGAUGGUGGGAGCAGUUCGUUCAAGAUGUCCCCGUUGACGUUCUGGAAGACAUCUGCCACCAAAUCCUGGACCUUUACUCACAAGGGAAACAACAGAUGCCUCAUCACACCCCUCAUCAGCUGCAGCAGCCCCCAUCUCUUCAGCCUACACCACAAGUGCCCCAGGGGCCGCAGUCCCAACCAUCUCAAGGCUCAGAAGCAGCCCAGCCUCCACAGAAGGACUCGCAGCAGUCAGCCCAGCAGCAACAGCAGCAAGCACAACAGCCCAAGAAACCAUCCCCUCAGCCCAGUCCUCCCCGACAGGCCAAGCGCGCCGUGGUGGGCUCUCCCAAGGAAGAGAACAAAGCUACAGAACCACCACCGCCACCUAAAAUUCCCAAACUUGAGGCUACUCACCCACCAUUGCCUCCAGCACACCCACCUCCAGACCGGAAGCCUCCCCUCGCUCCUGCCUUAGGUGAGGCUGAAGCAACUGGUCCUGUGGAAACAAGUGAUCUCCCCAAAGUCCAGAUUCCCCCUCCAGCCCACCCGGCCCCUGUGCACCAACCCCCACCAUUGCCACAUCGGCCGCCACCCCCGCCACCCUCCAGCUACAUGACGGGGAUGUCCACCACCAGCUCCUACAUGUCAGGAGAGGGCUAUCAGAGCCUGCAGUCCAUGAUGAAGACAGAGGGGCCCUCCUAUGGUGCCCUGCCCCCAGCCUACGGCCCGCCUGCUCACCUAACCUACCACCCCCAUGUCUACCCCCCCAACCCACCUCCACCUCCUGUUCCUCCACCCCCAGCCUCCUUUCCCCCACCCACCAUUCCUCCCCCUACCCCAGGCUACCCUCCCCCUCCCCCUACCUACAACCCCAAUUUCCCACCCCCACCCCCACGCCUGCCCCCAACUCAUGCAGUCCCUCCUCACCCUCCUCCAGGCUUGGGUUUGCCACCAGCCAGCUACCCACCUCCAGCUGUCCCCCCUGGGGGGCAGCCCCCUGUUCCCCCACCCAUCCCCCCACCUGGCAUGCCACCUGUUGGGGGGCUAGGGCGGGCGGCCUGGAUGAGAUAACGGGACGCCCCCCCCCUUUUGUUUUAAGAAUUGUUUUCCAACCAACUUGAAGAGUAGACUGAGGGGGCGGCAGCAGGGCACCUUGUAUAUGCUAGACAGUUGCAGUGUGGGAGGGCUGGGCCCUGGCAUGAACUGUGUGCCCUGGGCAGUGCCUGCUGUGGUAUGAUCACAUCCAGUCCCCGCUGCCGUCUGUGUCCUGCAUGGGGCUACUUUAAUACUAGUGAAGAUGUUAAGUAGCCACAUUGGCUAAGUUAAUAGCUUCAGUAAGGAGUGACUAACCCUCUAGAAAUCAGUGCCUAAUUUUCCUGAGAACUAACUUUUGGUAUCCAUGUCCUCCUGUCUGCAGUCCGGCUGUUGUUCUUCCAUUCUGUGGCUUCUCUCUGUGGCCCCUAGUAGGUGAGGUGAGUCCCCACUUAGCUUGUAACUCUGUCCUCUAUUGUCAUCUGGGGGGCUGUCUCCUUCCCUCCAUGGAGAAAGGAGGUGUGUACUUGGAAAACAAUGUAUGUUUACAUCUCUUUGCAAAGUCUUGUACAUAGAGAGAUAUUUUUUAAGCGUGAAUGUAACAACAUACUGUGAAUUCCAUCUUGGUUACAAAUGAGAAUCCUUCAGUCAGUUACCCGAAUAAAAUCAGUUCUGAAACUACC